CGUCAACAGACUGUAAUUGCAACAGCUGUUGCGAAAAAUCAAUUUUGCAAAUCCGUCUGUGUCUGUGCACAUAAUUUAUUUAAAACAUAAAAAUGUCCUCUAAUGCUGACUGUUUUAUUGUGCUGCCAGCCAAUACCGAGUCUGGCUCCCUAAUUUUCGGUCGCAAUGCAGAGGACGCUAAAGCAGUAGGCGUGGCAUCGGAAAUUUGCUACUAUGAUGUCAGCGACGUUCUCGAGGGGAAGACUGAUGGUGGAGCUGCUUUAGAGCCGGUGACUGAUGUUGUACGUGUUAUAUUGCAAAAACCGAAGCCCUCCGUUUGGGGCGGAGACUUUGGGGCCAACGAAAGAGGCGUGGCUAUAAGCCUAAGCUGGACUGAUGGGGAACAAGAGUCGACAGACAGUGAUAGCCUACUGGGCACGGACAUUGUGCGGAUAACACUAGCCGAGUGUAAAGAUGUGGAAUCAGCCGUUGACCGUAUUGGAACAUUGGUAUCCAAAUACAGCAAUGACAAUGCCAAGCUGAACUUUAUAGUGUGUGAUCCUACGGCUGCCUGGAUAUUGAGCAGUGCCGGCAAAGUGUGGGCAGCCGAGAAACUGCAAGCCAGCUGGCUGCGUGUGCCUAGUGGUGGGCUAAGCGUUACCACAACUAUUGAUAAGUCGAGUGACGGUCUAGAUACGACCGCUAGCUUUGCGGCUGCCCACGAUGCGGAGGCGCAGGCACCGGAAGCAGAUUGGUGUGGCACCAAGCCAGCUGGCGAUGGCAGCUACACGCAACAGGAUAUGUUCGAGACGUUGCGCUUGGCGAGCGGUGCUGCUUCACGUGCGGCCAAUGUAUCGGUGCUAACUGGAAAGGGCAGCUCCAUUUCGUGUCAUUGGUUCACCGGCACGCCAAAUGCCGCCGAGUCUGUGUUCAAGCCGUUUGUGUUUGCGCCCAAGCCACGUAUUUCGCCGCUGACUCAGGUGCAGGCUGAUACGGAUCAAACAUUGUUGCACAGCUUGCAUGCCAAUCGUAAGCCAGCUGCACUGGAGCAUUUACGUAGCCUGGAGCGUUCCUGUGUCGAUGAAUUGAAUAAUUACUUUUCGAUCCAGGAUUAUGCCAGCGAAGAGCUGGAUGAGUUGCUCAAAGAUUGCGUUGAGGCUGAGGUCAAGUUUUAUCGUUAAAACGAAUCUUUGGGUCCAUCGCCCCUUGCUAAUUAUAAUACAAUGAUAUUCAACUAGCUUGCAACCAGGAUGAAUGCUCUUUCGGACGCACCAAUUCGAUUCGACUUCUUCAUUUCAUAUAUAUAUAAACAAACUAGGUACAUCUUCGAAUUGAU